AUGGUUCUCGUUCAGAGAAUAAAAUAUUUAUUCUUGCGACUUUACAGUUUAGGCAUCGCUGUGUCGGCGCUUCUAGCCCUUGCCCAAGUUAUUAUUGAAGUUCAAGCCGGCGACGGGACAACAGAAGAUAGUCCCAAGAAAUGCACUGAGCUGUUGUUGGGCCAGUACCUCUGCUCUGACCCAGAAAUUGACCCGAAGACACAGCAGGCAAGAUACUGCAGUAAAGAGAAACAGGAAGUGGCUGUGUUGUGUAAAUUAGCACCAGGCAUAGGAGAGUGUGAGGGCCUGUUUCCUAAUGGAACAUUUCAACGUACUGUGCCUUGCAAGUGGACAAAUGGACAUUCCUUUGAAACAGCUUUGCUUCUAUCUGUAUUUCUGGGCAUGUUUGGUGUAGACAGGUUUUAUCUCGGCUACCCAGCAAUAGGUCUCCUAAAAUUUGCCACUUUGGGCUUCAUGUUUCUGGGACAACUCGUCGACAUAUUACUGAUAGCCACUCAGGUACUAACCCCAUCAGAUGGUUCCGCGUAUGUGGUCGACUAUUACGGUGCAGCCAGUGAGAGAAUCAUCAAAGACAAUGAGACAUAUCUUGUACCUGGGUACUGA